CGCCCUCUAUCUCUCAAAUAAUCCUAAUUAAAAUUAUUGCUGCGCCGAACCCAAUGCAUAGCUCACUGAAAACAAUGGCUCCAGCAAAGUUGGAACGACUAUGUGUUCUCUCAUUCUUUCUUUUUUGUGCAACAGUUUUUGGAACAGAAUCAUUGGAGUCAUUGCCUGAGGAUAAACUGAUACUGAGAGGGUUGAAAUUUUAUGGUUUCCAUGGAGUGCUUCCAGAAGAGAGGGAAUUGGGUGGUCUGUUUAUCGUUGACAUUAAUUUGUGGUUGAGUCUGAAAAAGGCCAUUGAAUCAGACAACUUAGCAGAUACAGUUAGCUUUGCUGAUACUUUUAGGCUAGUGAAGAAAAUUGUUGAAGGGCCACCAAGAAACCUUUACGAGACGGUUGCGGAUGACAUAGCGUCUGAAAUGCUUGAAACGUUUCCUAAGAUAAAUGUUAUUCGAGUGAAGUUCGGAAAGCCAAAUCCCUCACUAGUUAAUAGCACCGUUGAUUUCUUAGGGGCCGAGCUUUUCAGGAAGCGAAAUCACUAAAUCAAGAAACUUAAUAACUCAAAGGCUUUGCAUCAUGCCAUCCUUUAUGCUCUUUCAUAAUCAUCGUCAUUGUGUUAUCGAUAAAUAUUUACCUUUUCAAUAAUGGGUUAUUUUAAAAUUUAAAAGAUAAAAUAAACUGAAAUUCACCUAGUUUGACCUAAAAUAAUACAUAAGUGUGAAAGUUUGUAUUUGGAUUUUUCUUUUU